AUCCAACAUGGCAUCUCCUCUCGCCAAUACCCGGCUUUCGCCUAGAGAAUCCCGCGUCAUUGGCGCUCUACUCGGCGUCCACGCGGGCGACUCACUGGGCGCAACCGUUGAGUUUUCAUCUCAUAAGGAAAUCGCCCGUACUUACCCAAAUGGCCUUCGAGAUAUCGUCGGCGGAGGUCCCUUCCGCUGGCCAGUAGGGCAUGCAACAGACGAUACAGAUAUGACUCGUGGAGUGUUGUUGGCCUAUCAUGAUCGCUAUUACCGAGGUCUCCAACAGGAUGUCGCCCGUCUCGCUGGCGAUCACUUUGUCAAUUGGCUAGACGGCGAUUGGCCUGAUAGAGCAAAGGGAAGCAAUCCUGAGGACAUUGGCAAUACCACUCAGAUUGGAUUAGACAAAUACAAGACCACAAGGGAUCCUGACAGCGCUGGAGGCGGCGAGGGAGGAGCUGGAAAUGGAAGUCUCAUGCGUUGCAUUCCAACCGGCCUGUUCCAGCCAGACCCCGACAGCCUGAUACAAGAGAGUCAGCGCAUCAGCAACAUCACCCAUGACGACAGACGAUGCCCCAUAUCUUGUGCGGCUUACAACACUAUUGUUUCCAAGCUCAUCGACCAAGUCCCUGCACAAGAAGCUAUCAAGGCGGGCCUUGCCGUUGCAGAGAAGCUUGAAGGUGAGCAGGGCGUUGUCUAUGAAGCGAUAGAGCUUGGAGAAGAACUGGACAUUGCCAGGAUGGCUCGAGAGGGACCAUCGCGUAGACUCAGAGGACGAUGCACUGGUUAUGUGCUUGAGAGUCUGUCCCUUGCUAUAGCAGCGAUUCUUGACCAACGAAGCUUGGAGGAUAUUGUCAUUGAUGUUGUACGCAUUGGGAAUGAUACGGAUACAAAUGCUGCCAUUGCAGGUGGAUUGUUGGGCGCUAGGGAUGGAGCGGAAGCUAUCCCACUACGAUGGCGAUCUGUAUUGCAAUUCGGCCAUGAGUUUGCGAUGAAGGCGUUGGAGCUUCUACGUCCUGACCAGACUGAAUAGAGCAGAAACUAGGAA